AUGUUGCCCCCGAAUCACGUAUUCAUUGAUUUAGUCCCCGAAAAUACUUGUUUUUCGUCAAAUCAGUCCCUAUGGCCGUAUUCCAUCAAGUCUCAGGCGAAAGCUCCGAUUUGUCCUGGGCAUUUUGUCGUGGUGCACCCUCCACGCCUCCCACGGCGUCGAGCACUUCCCCACCCCAAAGUCUCCGGUGACCAAGUCUCACAUCCUAAAGCUCCUCCGGCAAGCCAAGUCGACGCUGGAAAUGCAGUGGUGCUUCUCAAAUCAAUGCUCGAAACCACAACCUUAAACCCUACGUUAUCACAGCUCACGACAAACUUAAACCCCUCCUUUUUCCACCAAGUUGUCCAAAUCUUGCGAGACAAUUUCUCCCGCAAGGCCUCCAAAUCUGCGCUGCACCUACUGGCCAACGUUUGCCAGAGAGGGAGGAACCGGAUCAAGGCGGCGGAGGCCGGGGCGGCGACCGUGCUGAUCGAUCUACUGCUGGACACGAACGAGAAACGAUAUUGCGAGUGGAUUCUGAGCGUACUGGAGCAGCUUUGCCGGUGCGCGGAGGGGCGGGCGGAGCUGCUGAAGCACGCGGUGGGGCUGGCGGUGGUGUCGAGAAAAAUCCUGAGGGUGUCGCAGGUGGCGAAUGAGAGAGGUCUGAGGAUCUUGUACUCCAUCGCCAAGUUCUCUGCUUCUCCCAGUGUGGUGCAAGAGAUGUUGCAGCUGGGAAUGGGGGCGAAGCUGUGUUUGGUUAUACAAGUGGAUUGUGGGGUUGGGAAGAACAAGGAGAGAGCUGCUGAGAUUCUCAAAUUGCAUGCUAAGGAAUGGAAAAAAAAAUAUUUUUAUGCUUGUAAAGAAUUACUCCGUAUUCAGCUUCUCUGCUAUGUUGAGUGA